AUGGCGCCCCUCCGGCCCUUCCUCCUUGUCGUUGUCUUUCUCUCAAUGGCCGUCGUCGAUGCGGCCACCCCUCCCACCCUGUACUGCCCUCAAAAGAAUGGCCCGUGGCUGAACAAUGGCACUCAAUGCCAAAAGGAGUUCGAGAAUCCAGAGAAGAAACGCCUCAUCGUCUUCUCAGAGAUUGUCGUCGAAUCGGGCGAUCCGAGCAGCUAUCAAUCACCCAGGAAUAUCAUUCAUUAUGUGUGCCCCCAGCGUACGAUCUGGUGUCCGGGUAUUGUGAACGACACACAACACACGACGUUUGGAUGCUAUCUCGAGAAUACCGUAUCCAUCACCAAGGAGGGGACCGCCUGUCAUUGUGUGGCCGUCGACAACAUGACAGCCCCGAGACUCGACCAGGCGCUUCAUGAAGAGCUGCAGAAGCUGCUCGACUUCUACCAAUGGGACGCCACCCAGUGCACGAGCAAGGCGCCCGAAGAGAGACCGCGAGGCGUCAGCUUCCCGUGGCCGACGUACUGCUCGGUGACGGGGCAACCGUUCAACCCGGUCGACAAGUGCACCAUGCAUCGAGGAAGUGUCAAUUCUGAGCCGGAGCGCAAGAAGCGAUACGAGGAAUGGGAUCCGCGCGUCUUCUACUCGGAACAUCUGUUCGCCUACGAUGGCUCGAGAACGCAGUACACAUACGCGUGUGACCUGUUGGAGGAGACGUUCUGUCUGUCGUGGCGGGACCCUGUGAUGAAUGCCUCAUCUCCAGCCGGCUGCUACAGUGGCGCAUACAGGAAGAAUAUCGGGUCCGAUUGUGUCUGUGAUGUGCUGGACGAGAAGGUGAAGCCGUCACGCCAGGGAAACGUUAGCUGGCAGCUGCUGGCCGCCUACGCCUCGUUGCCCAAGCCGUCGAAUGGGCCGACUUGCGGCGCGCAAGCGCGCUUCGAGCGCCCCAGCGAUUUUGAGCAGCCAUAUACAGCGCCCCCUCCCCCCACCAACUCGACGACUCCGAACGGCACGACGACGACGACAAGUACGAUGAGCACCACUUCUGAGCGUCCCAUCGCCUCCACCAAGGCCGAGCAGUCCGGCGAGCAGGGAGCCGAGAAUAAGCUCGAGGACAUCACUGAAGACAAGCUGCUGGUGGAUAUGGGAAACCAUUGGCAAUUCCUGGUGACCCUCCUCAGCCACCGACAGGAGCGCCACCUCUCGAAGGUAGUCAGCCGCCCC